GAAGAUGGCUGAAAGAUGUGGUCGACAGGCAAUUUUAUAUUUUCCGCAAGUGAUUUAUCGUUGUCACCAGAACUGUCAAAAGUGAGCCUCCCGUGCUCGUCGCAACAAGAUACCGUCGAAUACUUGUCGGGAAUGACUGCCUCCCGAAACGAAUCGUUGAGUGAGUCUUGGCGCGUUUGUCCGGUUAAAGCGGGUCGGAGAGAGAAAACCAGUGUGUCCUGUACUUUCGACCCGUCGAGGAAAUGGUUUGAAUGUGAAACCGAAGAUGCAGCCGGGAGUAAAGCGGGAGGUAAAUAUAUAACAGGACUUGAUUUGAAGGAUCUUUUCGUUGUGGAACAUGAAAUUGAAGAUGCAGCUAAAGAUGAAGCAGAAAGUAAAACAGGACUUGAUUUUCAGGAUCUUUUUGUUGUAGAACAUGAAACCGAAAGUGCAGUCAAAAGUGAAACAGAAAGUAAUGUAGGAUUUGAUUUGCAGGAUCCCUUCGUUGUGGAAAAGCAAAUGCCAAAAACGGGCGGGAAAUUUCGUGAGCGAACAAUUGCACCCAUCAGCGAAAAAUAUCUGGACGUUGAAGAGAAAUGUAUCGACAUACCGACAGUCGACAAUGAAGCAUUCAGGGAGGAUUUAAUCGCGCGCAUCGAAGCCGUCACGCUGAAGAUAAUAGAACAGAUUGCCAACGGCCAAUCACCGUGUAUAUCGUAUAUCGGUGGACGAAACAGCACCACGGAGUUCGAGUCGCAGGAGGAAACCAUUUACCCGGGAUACUCGAUCGAUUCCCAGGAGAACACAGCAUAUUUCAGCGAAUCUCCAGUAGAUUUCGCCGAGCAGCGAGACACGCGAGAAAACGCCAACGAGAAUUCGGGAAGAACGACCGUGAAUUUUGCGGCGAGACGCAGCAGAGACAAAUUCGUCCUGAUGAUGAUGAUAAUGGCCGAGACGCAUUGUUUGCUACUGACCAACACGACUAAGACAAAAAGAUCGUUCUACUACGAUCUGAAGAACCCAACGACCGAGAGCUUGGCGCCCAAUCAACGAUACAUCGAUCGUGCGUUGAACAACGUCGCGAAUCUGUUGAAAUGCGCGCCGUGGGAUUUGAGAUUGCUGCCGACGGCGAAAGGACUGGUGGCGGGAAAUAUGAGCAUCACUCUAGUCGACAAUGAAGUCAUCGACUGCGCGAUAUCGGGAGGCACGCUGAUCCCGCAGAUCGUCUCAAACGUGACUUCCAUCCUCGCGAAAGCCAUGUUCGUUUUGGUGAUCGAGAAGGAAGCGGCCUUUCAAAAGUUACUCGAAGAGAAUUGUCCUCGCGCUCUCAACUGUAUUCUGGUGACGGGCAAGGGCUACCCGGACGUAGCCACGAGGAUGUUCGUCAAGCUGUUGUCCGACAAGAUGGACCUGCCGGUUUACAUUGUCGUGGACGCGGACCCUUUCGGCGUGGACAUCAUGUUAAUCUACCGCUUCGGUUCCACGGCUCUCUGCAAAGAGAACGAGUACUUGGCGUGCCCUAAAGCGCGCUGGCUCGGGAUCUUUCCGUCAGAAUUGCUUACUUUAGGAGCGAGAACAACCCCGCUCACCGAGGCCGACAUCGCGAAAUUGAGAUCCAUCGAGGCGCGAGCUUACGUGAGCGAAGCUGUAUCGAAGGAGCUGAGCAUAUUGCGGAAGGGCAAGGCGGAAAUAGAGGCGGUGUCCUCUUUGUCGAAAAAUUUUCUCACGGCGACGUAUGUGCCUUACAAAAUAGACGGCCGGGAUUACAUUUGAGAAAGGCAAUCUUUCGAGUUGGACACUUUUGUAACAAAUGUUCCUCAGUCGACCAUAGUUGUCGGCCAAGAACGAUCCAAUCCACGGGUAGUACGUUUCGAAAAGAAUGAAGACAAUUUGGUACAUGAUUGAAAAAGUAUAUACAAGGUGUCCGAUAACUCAUGAAGGAGCCGCGGUAUACAGGUAGAUACCAUACCUUUACCAUUUUGUAAACAAUCACGUAAGAUUAAGUUAUUAAUCAUAGUAGAUUCGUGAAUAAUCCCGCGUUAUAUGAUAGAUGAGUUACGAUACCGAAGUCUGCCGCUGUAUUCUUGUAUAUUAGGUUAAAAUGAACAAAAAAGUCCUCUACCAUUUUCCAAAUGAUUACAUAUAUGCUUUAAUUAAAAAAGUUUGUAUUAUUAAUUAAAAUAUUAUUAAUUAAAAUGAAUUAAGAAUAUUAUUAAUUAAAGAAGUUUGCUAUACAGUUGUGCGCGAUAAUGCACCAAACUUUUUUACUGAAUAACUAAACAUCCACGUGGUUAUUUGAAAAAUAACAGACGACUUUUUUCUUCAGUUGGACCUAAUAUAUAAGCAUACAAUGAUAAACGUCGCCAUCACUCAUCUAUCGUAUGGCACGUGAUCAUUUGCGAAUCUUCUUGGAUUAAUAAUUCAUAAUUUUACAUAAUUAUUCGCAAAAUGAUACAGAAUUUUUUGUUCAGUUUGACUUAAUCUACCUGUACAUCGCGACUCCUCUGUGAGUUACCGGACACUCUGUAGGUAGCGCCGAGAUUCUUCAAAUCUCGCGCGAUCGUCCAAGCACGAUCCAUUUUCUUCUUUUCAAAGGUACACAUUGACAAACUUAACUGUGAAAAAAUUCAAACGAUGCAAUUAGUAAAAAAAGAUUCAACUAGUAGAAAGUAAAAACUGUCCUUUCAUUGAUUUUAGGCGCUCAUAAGGUUAAAUAUUUUUUUUUUGUAGAAAGACGUAUGAAUUAUCCAUUGGUGACAACUAUAUAAUCAUAAUUUUGUGGGGUUGGAUCAUUCCUGUAUGGUCAAUUAUAUGUGUAAUCGAUACCGUGAAAUUGUCAUCGCGUACAUUUACACGCGCUUUACAUUCUAACGUAAUGAGAAAUAAUCCUUUGAAGUUCUCUAAUAAAUACAAACGGCAUGUAUGUUGUUACUUCGAGCGAUGUUAUAUUUUCGCUUUUAAUGUCGGUCCGUGUUUUCGUUCGCACGACUCUCUCGGAAAAGCUUUCGCUGCUGUCCUCUAAUGUUAUAAGCUGUGGACUUUUGCGAAACGAGCCAAGAUAAACGAUGCUGCUGUUAGACGAACGUCUCGACAGAAUGUUGGAGUCCAUUGGAUCCGUGAUUGUUUUUACUCCGCGAAGGGUUUUCGAACGCGUCCUGUAUGGAUGCUCGUGCAGCCUUCAACAUAGUUUCCGAGCAACUCUUAAAUAAUACUGGUUGACACAAAAUGAGAUUCUUUUUUGGCUUUAAAUUAUAUCAAGUCAUUUCUGAUAGAUUUUUUAUCACUAAUCUGGCUAAAAAUAGCAUAUCCAUGUCAAUUAAGAAAACUUGAGUCAAAGUUGCCAAAAUCUUGAUAUUUUUGUGUGAGUUACAUCUUUCGAUGAGGACAUGCUUCAGAAAGCAGUGACAGCUCAAAGCCAUGAUUAGAAAGAUUUUUUAAAGAAUUUUAGUAACGGGCAAUUCUAAUCGUAAAAUCAUGUAAUCAGAAUGAUUUUUUUUAAAUUUCGUAACGAUUAAUUGGAAAUGUAUGAGAGAUACUGUGGUAAAUAAUGUUUCUUAUAUUUUCAUCAAUUUUUUUUCGGGAAAACCUUCCCUGUCUGGGAUCAGAAGUAUCAAAAUUUUAAUAACUUUUUAUUAUAGUCUUGAGCUUCAUUCUGAGUCGUUAAACUUUGAUUGAGGUUUCUAUGAAGAUCUGACGUGAUACGCUAUUUUUACGGCCAGAUUCGUAACCAGUACUACGAAAUUCAUUGGAAACGAUUUAGAAUGUCAAAGCAAAUUUGAUGUUGAAUAGUUUAACAUGCGCCAUUGGCAAUACACGUCACGAUUAAAAAUGUUAAUACUGUUAAAUUCAAAGAUAAAAGAAUAAAAGAAAACGAUUACUUACGGUAAGAUGAUAAUUUAUUUG